CUUUUUAUAUUGCAAAUGUUUUACAGCAGGUAACAGCCGAAAUAUGACGAAAAUGAAAGUCGUUUUUGUAUUUUUAGGAUUACUUACUGUUCUUGCAUCUACUUUAGCAUUAGAUUCCAAUUUACACAAAAAUGGGCCUAAGUUAAGAUCCCUUUAUGGUCCAGGAGCAGCUCUAGAGGAAAGACAAGCACAUAAAUCAGGUAUACUUAGAAUCCUGGAGGAAUUUGUAAACGUUCUGCAAACCAUACUAGGUUUUGCUGACGGUCAUAACACCCUGGAUGACAUCGUAUCCUCCGUUCAAAUGUUUUCUAAGGGAGUACAAGGUCUAGUUAACGUUAAGGCUAUUAUAAAGGAAGUGCCAUUUAUCGGACCUACAGCUGUUUGGAUAAUAUCUCCAGUUUUGGACAUAUUUGGUCAAAUGGUAAAUAAUACUCCUGUAUUUGGAGGUCUGCUGUCCCAAUUGGUAGUUGGACCAAGUUACCCUACGCAGGCGUAGAUAUCCAUUUUGAGUAAAUCAUCCAAAAAUACUACAUCAGCACUUCUCAAUAAAAG